CUCCUUGCUGCCUUCCCCGUGGGCGUGGGUGGCAGGAGAGGGGGCGAGGCUCCUCCCCCGUCCCCCUCCUCUUUUCUUCUCCUCCUCCGGGUAGGUGGGGCUCCGUCUCUCCGGCCGAUGAGUCCUCCCUCUGGAGCUUCCCGGGAAUUAGAGAAGGAGAAGGGGGCAGCGGCUCGUUGGGGAGGGGAGCAGCAGGUGCUCCGUGGAGCCCCCCGACUCCUCUCCCGGGGACCGGGCAACGGUUGUCACGGGCAACGGCCGACUCCCCGCGCGGUUGUCAAGGGGACGAUGAGGCGGUGACCCGGGCGAGGGUCCAGCCAUGGCCGAGCCCCCGGCGUCCGGGCCGGGCCGGGAGGACCUGAGGCAGGUGUCCGACGAGGAGUUGAUGCGCUGGGGCAAGGAGGAGCUGGCCCGCCGGCUGCGCCGGGCCGAGGGCGAGCGGCUGGCCCUGAUGCUGGAGCACGGACACCUGAUGCGCGACGUCAACCGGCGGCUGCAGCUGCACCUGCACGAGAUCCGCGGGCUGAAGGAGGUCAACCGGCGGCUGCAGGACGACAACCGGGAGCUGCGGGACCUCUGCUGCUUCCUGGACGACGACCGCCAGCAGGGCCGCAGGGUGGGCCGCGAGUGGCAGCGCUUCGGACGGCAGGCGGCGGCCGCCCUGGCCCGGGAGGUGGCCCGCUCGCAGCAGAAGCUCCGGGAGCUGGAGGAGAGACAGCGGGCCCUGCUCAGGGACAACCAGGAACUCAAGGAGAUCGUCCUCAUGUUGGACGAGGAGCGCGGCGGCGGCGGGGGAACGGGAGCCACCGAGGAGGAGGAGGAGGAGCAGGCCGGGCCUGCCGUCGGGCGGCCGGGGGGGGCGGCGGGCGGCGGGCCCCGGGACCUGGGCGACGGCAGCAGCAGCACAUCCAGCGCCGGCAGCGCCGGCAGCCCCGACCGCCACCUGCUCCAGCCCCAGCCGGACCCCCCGACGGCCACCCUCCGGCCCCAAGGGAAGCCCGCCCCGACGGGGAGGGCCCUCGACGACCCCCAUCACCGCAGCAUCCCCAGCGGCCUCAACGAUUCAUCUUCGAACUACAUCCGACAACUGGAAACCAAAGUCAAGUUGCUGGAGGACAACAACAAACUGCUCUCUCAGCAGUCCGUGUCCGGGGAUUUGAGGACUCUCCGGAAGGGGCUCUCCCCAUACCACUCCGAGUCCCAGCUGACAUCGCUGCCUCAGUACCAGGACGCCCUGCAUAACGGUCCAGCCCGUGGGCCUACCGACCUUCCCUCCUCCCCGGCCACGGGCUUUGGGCCAGCGGCCCAGAAACCUGAAGCGGUUGUGCACGCCAUGAAGGUCCUGGAAGUGCACGAAAAUCUGGACCGACAGCUGCAAGACAGCUAUGAGGAGGACCUGAGCGAAAAGGAGAAAGCGAUCGUCCGCGAGAUGUGCAAUGUCGUCUGGAGGAAGCUGGGCGAUGCGGCGAGCUCCAAACCCUCGAUCCGCCAGCACCUGUCGGGCAACCAGUUUAAGGGGCCGCUGUGAGGACGUCGCUCUGAGGACUGACCGGGUGUGACCUCUCAGGGUCCCGGAGGGGGCCGCGGGGGGAAGCCGGCUUCCCUCUCACCGCCGGCUGGACACCGUGGGACCCCGCUACGGACGUUGCUCAGACGGACCGCCCUCCGACAACCUCAGGGCAGGAACCCGCCUACUGCCCAGCGCGCCGAGGGGCAGAGGGGCAGGGGGAGCAGACCGGGGACAUGGCCUGGCCCAGCCUCGGGCCUCCCUCCUGCCUGGAUCAACCGUGUGCACCCAAAGCCAUCGGAGAGCACCGGGGGCUUUCGCAAAGAUGCAAAGCCAGCGGUUAAAACCAGACACGCAUGCUCCCAUUCCACUGCCAUAGUGGACCGGACUCCUCCUCCGAGCUUCCGGAUCCCUCCUUUGCCUUUCGGGCUGCCCAAGAGGAAAUGCCAGGGAGGAUGAGGCCGCGGUAGCGGGUGAUGCCCCAGGAUCCGCAACCCAGAAGAGGCCUCCUGGGGUCAUCUGAGCCAUUCCCCGGAUUCUGGGCAGGCCUGCUCUUCAAGCAACCCCAGAGAGAGAACUGUAAGACCCUCCUUCCACCUGGCCCCGGGAGCGCCACCCCGUCCCCCACACUUAGGAAAUGUGUUUGCCGGUUUUCUCUCUCCUCUUUUCUGGAAUGAAAUGCUGGGCUGUAGCUCUGGUGUCCCCGAGCUGUGUCCCCGAGCUCCGGGCCAGGUGCCCGAGGACACUGUUCCACGCAGAACCUGUCGCUAAAAGGAAAGGAUCUCCCGUCCUGUUCCCGUGGCUGCUGCUACCGGUCAUCUCUCUUUACUAUGAGAUCACCAUUCUCUUCCGCUGGGCUUCGUCAGAAUUUCUCAAGCAGGUGCCCUCCCUUCUCACCGCUCCUGCCUGGCGACAUCAGAGCUCCCACCCCACCCAGAUCGAUAGCCGCUCGUCUCGGGUGUGCAGAGGCCGGCAGAGCUGACCCAGGCUGCCGUCGGAGCUUUAUUUUAAAUGAAAGAGGCCAAAAAGAAUGGUUUCUCCUCCCCCACCACCACCAGCCGAGCACUUCACACAACAGGUGUGUGUCCUCCACCUGCCAGGUCGCCACUGGUGGCCUCUGGGCUCCUCACGCCCGCUGCCGGUCACCUUCCUUCCUCACACGAUCCUUGGCAGGAGCUCUUUCCCUCGGGGGGAAAAGAAAUACAAGUCCCUGGGCAAAUCAGGUCCUGAGAGGCUCUCCCCGAACUCCUGGGCCUUCUCUUACCUCCCUCUUCGAUCUGUUAUUCAGACUUCCAGUCAGAACCAACUCAGUCCCCUGAAGCCCUCAAACAGGGGCAGCCAAACCCAGGGCUGCUGGGAGCGGGCCUCUUUUACAGCCUAGCUUCCUCCGAAGCCAAGCCCCUCUGGGAAACGGCUCUGAAUCCUCUUAGUGGAAGCCUGGAGGCCUUUCAGCAGAGUAGGAGGGUGGCCUGCCCCCUUACCCAAGCCAGAACCCACAAGGCGCCAGAGAAGGAGGAGGAGGAGCCAGAGGAGAGGCCUCUUCCUGGACAAUCACAUCGUCCAGCACCCCAAUCCUGUUCUCCCUGGCACAGGGGUGGGAUCCAGAGGCACGUGACUUCACUGACCUAGGAUCGACACUAUACUAAUGCUAGGCUCUCGCCCCAGCCGCCAUCCCUUUCCCAAUUUUCCCCUUCGAACCGUACCCUCAGUUUAUCCAUUGCCGGGAAGAGGGCCAAGCACCUGCCUCCAUUUCCGCUGGCCAAGGUGGGGCAGGGAUAGCUCCAGAGCAACAGAAGUAGAACAGAUCUGGGGAAGCAAGAGGUGCCAUGCUGCACAGAAGGAGGCUGCCCCCAGCAGACACCCUGGGGAAAAUCUGCAACAGAAUUGGCGUUUUUAUAACCGAAUCGGAAUUCUUUUUCUAAAAAGAUCAUUUGCUAGACUGCAGGGUCCAGCUUUGGGAACAAGAUUUUCGGAGAGGCUGCAUCUCCUUCACCCUCUAGUGAUUUUUUCCUUGGAUGACUGAUGGUACCUCUUUCCGGUUGCAGGACCCCUGACCUGAAACUGCUCAUCCUCGACCCCGUUCGGAGCGCUUAAUGGGGGUUGGGGGUGGGGGGAUUCACACGGGAUGACCGUAGUCUUGGCUGACUGCUUUGGUCAUCUGCGAGAGGGGCUGGGAAAUGAGGCGUCUGAUCCUGGUGGGGUUAGGUUUUGGUGAGGUGCCUGGGGAGAAUCUUGCCCCAAGCCUUUCCAACUGCAAGCCUAAAUCGGGCCUCCCAGGGAGAAAAAGCACCUGUAUUUCAGACAUACGGUUUGAGCAGAGCCGGUGGCAACAAGCCUCUUAAAUACCUUGGAUUGAUCGAUCAGUCGAUUGAUUGAAGGACCUCUCUGCUCUCGAGGAAGAAUCGCCUUUCUACCGGACGGCUGCAGCUUCACCCCCGAGUUUAAGGUAGCAGUGUGUUUCUAAUGGGAAGAAACACCGGACAUUUUAAUCCCGAACGUAUAUAUUUUAAAUCUCCUGGCCUCUGUAUUCAGCUCUCUUGGAGCGCAAGCUAGGUGGAAAAUGUCUUCCGGGAGGAAAAUGGCACUGACCACAUUUCGAAUGACUCCGGUGCUAGGAAAUGGCCUCACACUGUUUUUGCGGAUACCCUGAAACAGCCAGCGGUGAAAACUACCUGAAAGAUGUUGUCCCAAAGGACGCAGUGGUUCUUAAUGGGGAGUAAAGAGAGGGUGGAGCUGGCCACGAUUAGGAGGGGAGAACUGGAAAUUCAAUCCUCCGUCCUCAUUUUCAGCUGCUGAACCUUUUGGAACAGCCGGGCUGCACCUUUCACACCCGCAUGCUGUUGGACCAGUUCCGCCGUGACUGCUACAAAUUGCGGAAGCGUGACUGCCUUCAGGUGACAGAUUGCACCUUGAAAAUAAAAAUAAAAACUGCUGAGCACAACCUUGAAGAUGGCACAUUUUUAUCCAAAAGUUAUUAGAUACAAAUCAGUGUUAACAAAAGAAAAAAAAAGAAAAAAAAAGUGACCUUUCCUCUUUUAUGGAACUAGGUGGGUGGGACAGGGAGCACAUACUACUGACCUUUUUAAGAAACGGUGCAUGGUUGUAAACUGAUAAAAUUGUAUAUUUUUCAUAAUGUGGGGGGAAAGUCUAUUUGUGCUGCUUUUGGAAAUCAGUCUGAAGUUUAUGAUUUCUGUAAAACCUGUGAUCUUAACAGCUCUGCUCUAUUUUCUGUAUAAUGUGAUUUUUUUUCACAAGAACUGGAACAAAUCCAAUUCCUGCUGUCGUGUGUACAUAGCAAACGAACCUUUAGACUUUAGCACGCAUUUAUACAUUUUAUUGAACCACUCUGCUUUCGGAGGGAGGAAAACUAGCAUUUUGAUAAUGUGUGGUAAAAACAUUGAUUUGAAAUAUUUUAGUAAGAUGAAGUAAGAAAUACUAUUGUGAUAGUGUAUACUUUCAGUGAAAUGAAAUAAAGUACCUUCUUUGUAAGUGA